CUCCCCCCCCCGGCUGUCGGCCGCCAUGUCGACCGGCGGCUCCAACUCCUCGUCGCGGAAGGACUUCGACGUCAAGCAGAUCCUCAGGAUCCGAUGGAGGUGGUUCGGUCACCCGGCGGUCCCUCCGCCUCACUCUCCGCCGCUGCGAGACUACUUAGCGGGGAGGAGAACGGGAGCCGGAACCGGCGCGGGCACGGGCGCCCACCCCUGCUCCGAGGGACCGUCUUCGUCUCCUCCGUCUCCCAAUCUCAGCGGGCGCGGCUCGACUCCAGCCGGCGUCGGGAGCGGCCGCGGCGGGCUGGUGACGAGCGGCAGCGCCGGCUCGAACCUUUGCGACGCCGCAAAGUUUGCGGAUUCGUCGGCCGGAACCGGAACGGGAACAGGAGCCGAAUCCGGCGGGAGCUCGUGCUCUCGCUCGGCGAGCCAGCCCGGGUGCGGCGGUUCCCCGGCGACGUGGCCUUCGUCGUCGUCGCCGCCAACGCCACGUCGCCGCUCUCGCCCGGGAUCGAACACUGACCCCCCCGGCGAGGCUCCGGUGCCGCGGCUGACGGGAACCGGCGAGAACGGCAACCCCCCGGAUACCGACUCGAGCUCCUGCAGGACGUCGGACAGCAGCGCCACGCUGUCGUCGUGCCCGUCGAUGGAGGCGUGCGUGUGUCCGGACGACGGCGCGUUCACGGCGCCGUCGCACGCCGACGUCACCUUCCGCAAGAUGGAGGGCUACCUGAGGAGUCGGCAGCUGUGCGACGUCACGCUGCUGGCCGGCGACCGGCGAAUUCCUGCGCAUAGGCUGGUGCUGUCGUCCGUGUCGGACUACUUUGCGGCCAUGUUCACCAGCGACGUGCGAGAGGCCAAGCAGGACCAGGUGAAGAUGGAGGGCGUCGACCCAGAUGCAUUGUGGGUCCUGGUGCAGUACGCUUACACGGGCCGUCUGGAGCUGAGGGAGGACACCAUCGAGUCUCUGCUGUCCGCCGCGUGUCUGCUGCAGUUGUCGUCCGCCGUGCAGGCUUGCUGCUCCUUCCUGGCCAAGCAGCUCCACCCGUCCAAUUGUCUCGGCAUCAGCUCCUACGCCGGCGCUCAGGGCUGCCACGACCUGCGGAGGGUCGCCCACACCUACGCCGUGGAACACUUUCUGGAGGUGGUCGGGGGCCAGGAGUUCCUGCUGCUUCCGGCGGACGAGAUGGAAAGGCUGCUGGCGUCCGACGACGUCAACGUUCCGGACGAGGAGACGGUGGUGAGCGCUUUGCUGGCGUGGGUCCAUCACGACGCCGCCGCCCGCCGACGCGACCUCCCGCGGCUUCUCGCUCACGUCCGAUUGGCUCUGCUGCCGCCGCAGCUUUUGGCGGACCUGGAGGCCACGCCGGAGCUCCGAGACAACGCGGACUGCCAGCGGCUGCUGAUGGAGGGGAUGAAGUACCAGCUCCUGCCGCACCGCCGGCCGCUGCUCCAGAACCGGCGCACGCGGCCCCGCAAGGCCACCGUCGGCGCCAUGUUCGCCGUGGGCGGAAUGGACGCCACAAAAGGCGCCACAAGCAUCGAGCAGUACUGCCUCCGGCGGGACGCGUGGAAGCAGGUGGCGACCAUGAGCGGUCGGAGGCUCCAGUUCGGCGUGGCCGUCCUGGACGGUCGUCUGUACGUGGUGGGGGGCCGGGACGGACUCAAGACCCUCAACACGGUGGAGUGUUACAACCCCGCCUGCAAGAGCUGGAGCGUCAUGCCGCCCAUUUCCACGCACCGACACGGCCUGGGCGUGGCCGUCCUGGGGGGUCCGAUGUACGCCGUAGGAGGACACGACGGCUGGAGCUACCUGGGCACCGUAGAAAGGUGGGAUCCUCAAGCUCGCCAGUGGAGCUUCGUCGCCAGUAUGGCGACACCCAGAAGCACCGUGGGAGUGGCCGUACUCAAUAGCAAGUUGUACGCCGUCGGAGGUCGCGACGGGUCGUCGUGCCUGCGCUCCGUGGAGUGUUUCGACCCUCACACCAACAGGUGGAGCGCCUGCGCCCCCAUGGCGAAACGGCGCGGCGGCGUGGGCGUGGCCACGUGGCACAGCUUCCUGUACGCCAUCGGCGGUCACGACGCUCCCGCCUCGUCGCUGGCGUCGCGGCUGAGCGACUGCGUGGAGAGGUACGACCCUCAGACGGACGCGUGGACGGCCGUGGCCCCCAUGAGCAUCAGCAGAGACGCGGUGGGGGUUUGUCUCCUCGGCGACCGGCUGUACGCCGUGGGCGGCUACGACGGCCACGCCUACCUCAGGACGGUGGAGGCCUACGACCCGCAGACCAACGAGUGGACUCAGGUAGCGCCGCUGUGUGUGGGCCGGGCCGGAGCGAGUGUGGUGGUGGUCAAAAUGUGACAACGCACGAGACGAGGACCCCCCCCCCACCAAAGGAGCAAAGCCAAUUCCCGAGCGCCGGCGGCCUUCUACGACGUCCCUCAUGCGGCGGCGACGCAGAAGCCGCUCGCUCCCUUUUUGUUAUUAUUUUGACCAGGCGGGAAAGGCGCACGCGCUCGUAGGCAUUUGCCGACACGGUUGAUUUGUAGCAGUCAUUUUAAUGUAUUCAUCUUUCUUUCUUAUCCACAACAUAAAAGAAAUGGUGACAGCA